CUGCACUGAUAGGUGGCACUUAUGAGGAGGCACUGGUAGUUGGCACUGACAGGCAUCACUGAUGGGCACUGAAAGGCAGCACUCAUAUGGCACCGAUAGGCGGCACUGAUAGGCAUUGAUAGGUGGCACUGAUAGGCGGCACUGAUAGGCACUGACAGCUGGCACUGAUGGACACUGGCAGGUGGCACUGCUGUGGCUACACAGAUCAUCAGGGCACACUGAUCAGCACUGUCAGUGUGACAGCUCGCGAGGAGAGAAAUGCCGAUAACCGGCAU